GGAGGCUUGGAGGCUAGCUUGCUUUGGUUGAAGGGGUCUCAAAGCUAAGCCACUUGAGCAAACUUGCCCGGGAGAACAAUACUGCAAGUCGAACCAUUGAGGCUGACCGACUACAUACAAUGUUUCUUGCGAUGGCAGAUGCCAGAGCAGUUCUCAUUAAACUGGCAGAUAGACUGCACAAUAUGAUGACAUUGGAAGCUUUGCCUAUGGUCAAACAACAAAGAUUUGCAAAGGAGACCUUGGAAAUCUUUGCUCCCUUGGCUAACCGACUGGGAAUCUCAAGUUGGAAGGAGAAGCUUGAGAAUCUGUGCUUCAAGCAUCUUUAUCCAGACCAGUACAAAGAACUAUCCUCCAAACUCCUUAGAUCCUUUGAUGAAGCGAUGAUUGCAUCUGCCAUAGAGAAAUUAGACCGAGCCCUCAAGGAUGGUGGUGUUUCUUAUCAUGUUCUAUCUGGGAGACACAAGAGUUUGUACAGUAUCUACACCAAGAUGCUAAAGAAAAAGCUAACCAUGGAUGAGAUCCAUGACAUACAUGGGCUUCGUUUGAUAGUCAAGAAUGAGGAAGACUGUUAUACAGCAUUGGAUAUUGUUCAUCAAUUGUGGCCUGAGGUUCCUGGGAGGUUCAAAGAUUACAUAACCCAUCCCAAAUUUAAUGGUUAUCAAUCUUUACACAGUGUUGUUCUGAAUGAAGACAUGCUGCCACUGGAAGUACAAAUUCGAACUAGAGAUAUGCAUCUACAGGCAGAAUAUGGAUUUGCUGCCCAUUGGAGAUACAAGGAAGGGGAUAGCCAGCACUCUUCUUUUGUGCUUCAAAUGGUGGAAUGGGCAAGGUGGGUUGUCAGUUGGCAGUGCGAGACCAUGAACAUAGAUCGACCCUCAUCUUUUGGUGAUGCUGAUUCGAUCAGGCCACCAUGCCCAUUUCCUGAUCAUUCCGAUGACUGCCCCUGCUCAUACACCAAACAAUGUGAUCACAAAGGCCCCAUUUUUGUCAUCAUGCUGGAAAAUGAUAAGAUGUCGGUACAGGAGUUUCCAGCAAACUCGACGGUGAAGGAUCUGAUGGUGAGAGUUGGAAGAGCGACUGAAAGAUGGCCUGCUUAUGGCUUUGCAGUCAAGGAGGAUCUGAGACCAAGGUUGAACCAUGAGCCUGUGAGCGACUCUACUCAGAAGCUGAGGAUGGGUGAUGUGGUUGAGCUAAGCCCGGCAUUACCUGAUAAGUCCUUGACCGAGUACAGGGAAGAAAUCCAGAGAAUGUAUGACCGGGAUUUCACAGUAAGUCAAGGCAAUUGGAGAAGCUAAGCCGUGCUUCUAGUUAUUUGUAUAUAUAAACAUUGUGUACAGAAACAGUUACAUUCUGGAAUUAGAAGCUGGAUUCCAAUGUUGUAGAAUGUGUUGCUUCCUCUCCAAUUCUACAUUCAAUAAAGUUCCUUUGUUAAAGCA